GACAAAAAAUGGAACACACCAGCAGUGUGAGGAGACCUGAAAGUGGCACAUGGCAGAGUUGGUGGCGAUGGAGACAGCAGCAAUGGGCGGCCGUACAGGGACCCAUGAGACACUGUGGACCUGGCAGCAGCAUGAGACGUAGGGCGGUACGGGGCCCAUGGCAGAUUACGGGCCCUGCAGCAGCUAUGGAGGCCCGUAAUCUGCCAGCACCCUAUGAGACAAAAUGGAACCCACCAGCAGUGUGAGGUGACCUGAAAGAGUGGCACAUGGCAGAGUGUGGCGAUGGAGACAGCCUAGCAAUGGGAGGCCCGUACAGGAACACGACCCCAUGACACACUCUGGACCUGGCAGCCAGCAUGA